AUGAGCUCACACGAGUCACCUUCCGACGAGUCAAGGGCUUCGAAUGAGGCAACAGUCUGGCAUCCAGCACAGGAAUGGUUGGAGGAAGAAGAAGAACUAGAUAUGGAUUACGAACCAACCCAGGGCGAUGAGGAUGAAUGGGAGUAUGAAGAUGAGGAUGUCUUCGAUUCAGGACCGGACGAUGAGAUACCGCCAGUCAAUUUCAAUCAACAUGGUAACAUACAAAUUGAGAUCAUGGAAGAUGAACCAACCGGGAACUCAACAGAAACCCCAUCAAACCGUGGUGUUAACCGGACGACCAUACCGGUCGCCCGGCUGUUUGAAAUACUCGCAUCCAGUGGCCUGCAACAUAUUCUCCAUUCUAAUGGAUGGACCACCCAUAUCACAGACGAAUUAGGAGAGGAAAAUGAAGAUGACACCGAUGAGAACGACUAUAUUGGCUCUUUCAGACAGCCACUCAGGUCAAGACGAACGCCAAGAAGUCCCCAGCUCCCCAAAGUCCCCAAUGACACGGGUACCCAAUUGAUGAGGGAGGGACAUUUCGGAACAGAUCCGCACUUUGUCGACCUGGUCAAGAAACGCAAGCAGGGCUUCGCUACAAGUCUCAUGUGGCGGGAACUUGGAGUAGACCCACUUGGAGUACGCAGUCGAGCUAAUCAAUCCCUCUGUCAGCAAAUGAUCCCAGGAUCUGCUGCUGACAAGAUCAUCCACUAUGAUUGCAAAAGUUAUUCUGGUCAAUUUUCCGACGAUGGCAGCUUCUUUUUUUCUUGUGCGCAGGAUUUUAAGGUCCGGAUGUACGACACAUCCAAUCCGUACGAAUGGAAAUACUACAAGACUGUCGAGUAUCCUUUUGGCCAAUGGACUAUUACCGAUGCUACUCUCAGUCCCGACAACCGGCACCUUAUCUACAGCUCGAUACGCAACCAGGCUUACCUAGCUGCGACUGACCCCGAAGACGACUCGGAUCCGGUGGUAUUAGAUUUCGGGCUCCCGCCCGGUGGGCGACGACGAGAAAGCUGGGGCAACUCACAUUUCGGAAUCUGGUCCCUUCGGUUUUCUGGAGAUGGACGAGAGGUAGUCGCAGGUACAUCAAAAAGUUCAGUAAUUGUCUACGAUCUCGAAACGAAGCAGCCCGUUCUCAGUCUGAGAAAUCGACAUCAGGAUCACGUCAACGCAGUAUGUUUUGGUGAUAAAUCAUCCCCGCACAUUCUCUACUCUGGAUCCGAUGAUACAACGUUGCGAGUUUGGGAUCGGCGAUCGAUGGCCGAUGGCCGAGAGGCCGGCGUGUUUGUAGGCCACACCGAGGGAAUAACAUACGUUGACAGCAAAGGCGAUGGCCGUUACGUUCUCUCCAAUGCCAAAGAUCAGACCAUGAAGUUGUGGGAUCUUCGGAAGAUGGUGACCACAUCCAAAUUCGACACCAUCAAUACUGAUCACUACACGACUGGGUAUGAUUAUCGUUUCGAACAAUAUCCGGACGAGAUAUACAAACCACAUGCGGAUGAUUGCUCAGUUGUCACUUUCCGCGGGCACCGCGUCCUCAAAACUCUCAUCCGCUGCCACUUUUCGCCGCCCGACAGCACAAAUUCCCGCUAUGUAUAUUCCGGUAGUGAGGAUGGCAAGGUAUACGUGUACAACAUGGAUGCCACGCUAGCAAAGACCAUAGAUGUUGGAGUAGCGACCAAAAACACACGGCCCCGCGAUCCCGAUGUAUUCGCCUCACCAUAUGAGAUGAAUGCAGAAAUGGAUUGGCUAACUUGCGUUCGGGAUGCAAGCUGGCACCCAAAUGCACCAGUAGUAGCAGCGACAUCGUGGAAUGGCUGGGGCCUUUCAUCGGGCACUUGUACCAUACAUUCCUGGAAUGAUGGAGCUAAAGACGAUGAAGGCGACCCACCCAUUGGAAAAAGCUACAACGAUAAGCUCAAGCCUAUCCCUGAGUUUGAUCGAUACCGGGAGCAACGAGGAGAUACCGAGACUGCACGAUCACGUCAAAAUCUAUUGCGCAGUCGACCUGUACGUCGAUUGUUUCUAGCCGACGAUGACGAGAACAUUGAGUGGUGA